AACAUAUUGGAGAUGUCAUCGGAAAAUAAUAGGGACUCCUUGAAGAGAGAAAAAGAUCACCUUCAAACUAUCGAGACGGUAAAGCAAUUUUUAGAGAAAGAUGGGCCGGAACUUCAGGAGAAGCUUAAAAGUUAUGCUAAUGAUAAAUCCAGUUAUAUCGAAGAAUUUUGGUAUGACUCUUACCUCAACUACACCGAUCCGGUUGUUCUUAAUCUGAACCCGUUCUUCGUUCUGGAAGAUGAUCCCACCCCUGCUAGAAAUAACCAGAUAGAACGCGCUGCUUCAUUGAUUCUAUCUUCCUUAAAAUUCAUACAAGCAUUAAGAACCGAAACUCUGGAACCUGACGUGUUUAGGGGAACGCCCCUUUGUAUGUCACAGUACCAACGUAUGUUUGGAACGGCUCGCUUGCCGACCGAAAAUGGAUGUAGAAUGGACACUGAUCAUGAAUCAAAACACAUUGUUGUCUUAUGUCGUAGUCAAUUUUACUGGUUUGAUGUGUUAACAGAGAAUAAUGAAGUCGGAAUUGACAAAAAAGAACUGGCCGCCAAUCUCAGAACCAUAAAACAGGAUUCACUUGGUAUGCCCGUUGUUGAAAUCGCCAAAAAUGCAGUGGGAAUUCUUUCCACAGAAAAUCGCAAAGUUUGGGCGGAUCUAAAGAACAUAUUGGAGAUGUCAUCGGAAAAUAAUAGGGACUCCUUGAAGGUACUUGAUUCUGCGUUGUUUGUUGUCUGUCUAGAUGAAGGAUCACCUUCUUCGGGUGAUGAACUUGCGACGAAUAUGCUUUGCGGUACCUAUGAGAUAAAGGAAGGGGUACAGGUUGGGACAUGUGCAAACCGGUGGUAUGAUAAAUUACAGAUUAUUGUCUGUGAAAAUGGAUCGGCUGGGGUCAACUUCGAGCACACUGGUGUUGAUGGUCAUACCGUUUUACGUUUCGUUUCGGACAUCUACACUGACACAAUACUACGCUUCGCCCAAUCCAUAAACAAUAAUACCAAAUCCUUAUUUCAUUCGAUGCCUGGGAAUUCUCGUAGUAAUAGACAUCAUGACGACCAUUGUCAAAUCGAGAUCACACCCAAGAAGCUAGAGUGGACUAUAAUUCCCGAAGUCCGAUUUGGGAUAAGAUUUGCCGAGACAAGAUUAAGUGAUCUCAUUUUACAGAAUGAAGUUCAAGUUCUAGAGUACACAAACUAUGGAAAAAGUUUCAUUACAAGUUGUCGGUUGAGUCCUGACGGAUUCGUGCAGAUGGCUUUCCAAGCUGCCUAUUAUGGUCUAUAUGGAUCGAUAGAAUGCACUUAUGAACCUGCGAUGACCAAGUCCUUCCUUCAUGGCCGUACCGAAGCGAUUCGUCCAGUUACAGCAGAAUCAGUCGAAUUUGUAAGGCUUUGGUGGUCUGAAACACAAUCCGAUAAACUCAAAGCUCUACGCAAGGCAAUUAACGCGCAUGUAAACUUAACAAAAACGUGCGCAAAAGGUUUGGGUCAAGACAGACACUUGUACGCAUUACAAUGUGUUUGGCAAAGAGAAGUUGGAAAAAAUUCCAAUGAGGAGAUGCCUGCUAUAUUCCGAGACCUUGGUUGGCAAACAUUAAACCAUACAGUAGUUAGUACAAGUAAUUGUGGUAACCCGUCUCUAAGGUUAUUUGGAUUUGGUCCUGUGGUGUCGGAUGGUUUUGGUAUUGGUUAUAUUAUCAAGGAUGAUGCCAUUGCUGGGAUCGAGAGUAAAACAUGGGUACCAUAUUAUGAUGCCUUCUUCACCAGCUAUUCCAUGCGUUUAAUAUUGGAUAAAAUGGAUAAUUUGUUUUGUGCAUCGUCCAAGCAUAGACAAACACGCCGUUUCCUCCAAACGUUGGAAAACUAUCUUAACGACGUGCAUUUGCUUCUGCGUUCAGGUUUGACGCGCAACAGACAAGACACUGAGAACAUCAGCAUGCUCUCGGGAUAUGGAUACUUUGAUGCCGGAAGUAUUGAUCAAUUGUUUGAACAUCGGUUAGAUGAAAAGAGAGAGGGGAUGAAAAGGGUUGGAAAGGAGUUAAAAUUGGUUGACUAUUGA